GGGUUAAGGGGUGGGAGCAAUACAGCGGAAAAUGAUAUUCCCAAGUAAUUGUAAGACAUCAUCCUUCCUCCUUUAUAGGAACAAGUCAGAGACAGACAGAGGACAGUAGCAGAAGGCACUGGAACAGUGAAGUGUAUCUGCACCUUUCACAUCUGGACUUCCUCAGGAGGAAUGGCUCUUCUGCCUACAAGCGUCCCUGCUAACUUCAGCACCACAGUCAUAUAUGGAGACCAAAACCACACAAAUCACGUGUGUUCUGAAGGAGAAUCUGAGGAAUGGAUCUACACUGUGAUACCAGUUUAUAUCUUGCUUAUUACUGUGCUUGGAAUAAUCUUCAAUGUGUUUGUCCUGAUGGUUUUCUGCCUCCACAAGAAGGCCUGUACCGUGGCUGAGAUCUACUUGAGCAAUCUGGCUGCUGCUGACCUUGUCCUAAUGGUUUGUUUGCCUUUCUGGGCUGUCAAUGCAUCCAAACGUUUCAACUGGCCUUUUGGUCUGUUCCUUUGCAAAGUCAAUAACCUGUGCAUUAAGAUGAACGCCUACUGCAGCAUCUACUUCUUAGUUCUGGUUAGCUUAGAUCGUUACGUGGCAGUGGUGCAUACAAUGUCCCUUGAAAGAAUUCGUAGGUCAAAAUAUGCCAAACUGGGCUGUGUGCUGGUGUGGGGAUUGGGCUUGCUCCUGAGUGUCCCCACGUUCAUCUACAGGGAAUUAAAACAUAAUUCUCAGAGUCAUGCUCUCUGCUAUAUUAAUACAACCAACACUGAAUACCUGCUGACUGAGGGAAUACUGACUGUGUUCAGCUUCAUCAUCCCCAUUUCUAUUAUUUCCUACUGCACUGUCAAGAUUAUUCAAGCUCUGAAUAACCGGUUUCUUGAGAGGGUAAACUCCCAGAAAAUGGAGCAUAAGGCCACCACUCUGGUGCUGGCGGUACUCCUGGCGUUCCUGAUCUGCUGGGUGCCAUUCCACCUGGGUAGGAUAGUAGAAUUGCUUGUAAGAGCUGAAGUCCUGGGAGGGUGUAGCCUCAUCAAUGGCAUAAAAAUUUGCAACCAAAUCUUCACCUACUUAGCCUUCUUCAACAGUGUUCUCAACCCCAUCCUCUACGUCAUUGUAGGAAAGAACUUCCGGAAUAAAGUUUGGGAAGUCUUCAAGCAGUGGAGCAUUAAGAGAACAGCGACCCUCAACAUCACUUCCAUGCGCUCAACCCUGUCAAGAAGUCUUAAAUUUGAGAAUACCUCAAGGCAAUCUGCAAGUUUGUGAUUUUUUUGAGAGGCUUUGAGAAGUUUGUUUUUUUGUUUGUUUUUUUACAACUUCACAUGGUUAUUUCCCCAUUAUGUUUGUGUAGUCUAAAUAUAUGCCUUUUAUUUAGUGUUCCAACCGCUGUUUGCAAAAAGGUGAAGUCAAGACAAUGGCAUGUUUACCUGAUUAGAAGCAUGAUAUACCCCUUUGAAGGUUGCCCAUCAGAUCCUGCUCAAUAUGGUGGUGUUUGAACUCGCUCUUUGAUUCUUUGCUCCAGGGCAAAGAGGAGGGAGAGAGGAGGGUGGUGAGGUUAAUGACGCAAAGGCUAUAGGACUGGUGUAUGCAGUCACACUACACUUAGUGUGUUGGGGUCUGUUCCCAGUUUUAAACCUUUCUCAACACACUCUGUGAUGUACAAUUGUUGGAUGGGAAGAUGUGGUCUCAUACUCCUAAAUGCGAGAUUAGGUUUUAGUGUAUCUGGCCUUUCUCAACAGGCCCCUGAGCCCAAGAAAUUAGAUGUGACUCACUCUCUCUCUCUCUCUGUUGGCACUUCUGGUGCAGCUUUCUCGGAUAUGAGACUCAAAUUACUGUAUCUGCCAUUAACACUGUAGUGUCAGCUGUUUAUGUCUUGUUAUUGUCUUGUUUCUGUUGUUAUUUUUUAUUGUAAUGUAUCUUUUAUGCGCUGCAGAACAGGAACCUGCUGUAAACCAGUUUUAACUGAGUCAGACCAGUUUAAAUGUAACACAUUUUAAAAUCUGUAAUGUUUCUUUUAAUCUUUUCCUGUAUAAUAAUAAUAAUAAUGAAUAAAUAAUAACACUGCUACAUAAUUAAACAGCAUAGAAAUAAUGGGCACAAACUAAUAUAAUGGAUGUAAUUUACAAAAGAGAUAGAAACAGACUUUGUGUCUCUGUGUAAUCACAAGGAUUUUUAGUCUUAAUAUGACACUUUAAUGGUAAGAUGUUCCACGCCUGUCUGUGUGCAUGGGUCUGAAUCUGUUUCUCUGUACUUUCACAUGGUGUUGCUCUGACUGUCUUGUGAUAUUUUAACCUGCUAUAUUAAUACAACCAAAACUGAAUACCUGCUGACUGAGGGGAUACUGACUGUGUUCAGCUUCAUCAUCCCCAUUUCUAUUAUUUCCUACUGCACUGUCAAGAUUAUUCAAGCUCUGAAUAACCAGUUAAUUGAGAGGGUAAACUCCCAGAAAAUGGAGCAUAAGGCCACCUAUCUGGUGCUGGCGGUACUCCUGGCGUUCCUGAUCUGCUGGGUGCAAUCUGGUAAGAUGUUCCACACCUGUCUGUGUGCACGGGUCUGAAUCUGUUUCUCUGUACUUUCACAAGACAGUCAUGUUGCUCUGACUGUCUUGUGAUAUUUUAAUGCUAAACAGCCAAAAACAAACCCCGCCACAUUUUAUAUCCUGUUUCUGACUCUGUAACUCAUGCACCCUUUCUUUGACCCCAAAACCAAAUUUCAACCUGCUAUCUACACACUGUGCAUACAUUUGCAUGUUUGUUUACAAUUUGUUGCUUUGCACAGUUUAUUUUUACUAUUCAAAGUCACAGUAACUUGAAGAGUAGUGACUCACACAGUCAUGUCAGUAUCUUUUUAGAGUACAAGGUCAAUGUUGUUGAAACAAGCUCUGUGUAUCAAUUGUGAAACUAUUUGCUUAAUCAAUUUAAUGUAUUUCCUGGAGGGGCAUAAAUGCAAGACUUAACCUUUUGCUGAUCUACAAUACGAAUAAACUUAUACCUAUGUGACUUUAUAAAGACAUGCUCUUACAAUGUUUGUCAGCACUGCAAAGUUUUGACGACACUUUCCACGAAGAAU